GGAAGAAAGGAGCGAGCGAGGCGAAGCGGAAGGAGGAGGAAGAAGCAACAGCGGCGGCGGGGAUACCGCCUUGCAGUCGGAGCGACCUGGACCUCCGGUUUGGGGGGAAAGAAACACCAUAAUGUGGCUAACCUUUUACGUAGAAAGGUGAAUACAGUUUCUUCCAAGAGAUGGCCGACAAGAGUGGAAAGAUUCUUUCAGGUCCAUUAUACAUCGAAGUUGAAUAUGACUAUGAAUAUGAAGCAAAAGACAAAAGGAUUGUGAUUAAACAAGGGGAGAGAUACAUUUUAGUGAAAAAGACGAAUGAUGACUGGUGGCAAGUCAAGAGGGAUGAAAAUUCAAAGCCAUUCUAUGUGCCAGCACAGUAUGUGAAAGAAGUAACUCGCAAAGCACUAAUGCCACCUAUUAAGCAAUUGGGUGGGCUGCCAAACAGCUCUUUAAAACUUAUGCAUGGGUUACAGAGGUCAACAGAAAAUGUCAAUAAGUCUCCGGAACUUUCUAGUUUUGGGAAAUCUUCUCCAGUUCAAGUGUCUAGCACAGUUCGGGAUGCCAAUCAGAAUUUGGGACCAAACGUUAGCCCAGGUCAGAAUUUUGCCCUGAGCUUGGACCUUUCCCAGAAUAAUGGGAAAUCGAAUGAAUUUCAGUUUCCUAAAGUUUGCAAUCAGAACAGAACAUUCUCUGUGUCCCAUUUUUCUUGUUCUGAAUGUGUGGAGAUAGAAAAGACCAGCUUUUUGCAAGAACAGUCCUGUGAUUCUGCAGGAGAAGGCUCAGAGAAAAUCCACCAGGAUUCAGAAUCUGGAGAUGAACUCAGUAGCAGUUCCACAGAACAAGUACAGCCAAUCACACCACCAAGCCAAGGAAGGCCAGAUUCACCAGUUUAUGCUAAUUUACAAGAACUGAAAAUAUCUCAGUCUGCACUCCCACCUUUACCUACACGUCCUCCAAUCCAAAAUUAAUGGGAAUGGGAGACCCACAAAGAUACUACAGGGCGCUGUUACUAUUACAACAAAGGAACACAAGAGAGAACCUGGAAACCCCCACGUUUCACUCGGGAUCCAAGCAUAUUAAAGCAGACUCUGUGAAUCAGUAGAUUCAAGAGUCCUGCUGACCAACAACCUCUUUCAUCACAAGAAAACUCCUACAGUUCUUGUAACAGCCAGUCAGAUAGUCAGUAUGGUUCUCCUCCCAAAGGGUGGUCAGAAGAGUUGGAUGAACGUGGCCAAACGCUAUAUACCAGUGACUAUACUAAGGAAAAGUGGCUAAAGCAUGUUGAUGAACAAGGUCGGCCAUACUACUACAAUGCAGAUGGAUCCCGGUCAGAAUGGGCACUGCCAAAACUUAAUGCUUCACCACAGCAGCAAAGGGAGAUAAUUAAAAGCAGGAGUCUGGACAGGAGGCUACAGGAACCAAUAGUUUUAACAAAAUGGAGGCACAGCUCGAUUGUGUUGGACACUAAUGACAAGGAUUCUCCGGUUGCUUCAAAGACUGCUUUUCCUGAGAAUGAGUAUUCUCCUUCCUCACCAAAGCAUCAAGCCACAGACCAAGAGAAGUAUGGAUUAUUAAAUGUGACAAAGAUUACAGAAAAUGGGAAAAAAGUUCGAAAAAACUGGAUGUCAUCAUGGGCUGUAUUGCAAGGUCCCUCGUUAUUGUUUACCAAGACUCAAGGAGGUGGGACUAGCUGGUUUGGGGUCAACCAAUCCAAGCCAGAGUUCACAGUGGAUCUGAGGGGUGCAUUUGUCGACUGGGCUUCUAAGGAGAAAUCUAGCAAGAAGAAUGUGAUUGAGCUGAAAACACGGCAAGGAACUGAAUUAUUAAUCCAGUCGGAUAAUGACAUUUCUGUAAAUGAAUGGUUUAAAGUUCUUAAUUUUACUAUCAGUAACCAGACAGUAGAGUCUGAUGAGCCAUUUGAUGAUGACAUGCCAGAUUCUCCUGGGGUGGAAAAACAGGACAAAGAAAAGGACCAUAAAGACUCCAAAAAACUUCGUUCAAUAAAAUUAUCUGGCAGCAUUGAUGCUUCAGAACAGAAAAAGACCAAAACGAAAUUGAAGAAAUUUUUAACCCGCAGACCCACAUUGCAAGCAGUCCGUGAAAAAGGCUAUAUCAAGGAUCAAGUGUUUGGCUGCAAUCUAAACAGUUUGUGUCAAAGAGAGAACAGCACUGUGCCAAAAUUUGUGAAACUGUGUAUUGAAUAUGUUGAAGAACAUGGAUUGGAUGUUGACGGGCUGUAUAGAGUUAGUGGCAAUCUUGCAGUAAUACAGAAGUUGAGAUUUGCUGUUAAUCAUGAUGAAAAACUGGAUUUGAAUGACAGUAAAUGGGAAGAUAUCCAUGUGAUAACAGGAGCUCUGAAAAUGUUUUUUAGAGAACUGCCAGAACCACUAUUCACUUACACUCAUUUCAAUGACUUUGUUAAUGCAAUCAAACAAGAGCCUAGACAGCGUGUUCAUGCUGUAAAAGAGCUGAUUAAACAGUUGCCAAAGCCAAAUCAAGAUACCAUGCAGGUGCUCUUCAAACAUCUCAAGAGAAUUGUAGAAAAUGGAGAGAAGAACCGAAUGACCUAUCAAAGCAUAGCCAUAGUCUUUGGUCCAACCCUGUUGAAGCCAGAGAAAGAGACUUGCAACAUAGCCGUUCACACCGUGUAUCAGAACCAGAUUGUAGAAUUAAUCCUACUAGAAUUGAACUCCAUCUUUGGACGCUGAAUUUCUCCGGUGAAACUGGCCUUAGUAGGAGAACAACUUGGUUUCGGCAGAAACUGCACCUCUUUUGUACAUUUAUGCAUUUGUGGACCAAGCAGCAACUUGAUGUUUUUUGCACUUUUGUGGGAGAGGGAAGAGUGUGUGAUUUGUUUUACCUGGGCUUUUGUGGAACUAUUAAAACUUAUUUACAGUUCACUUAAUGUUGUGAAUGUUUCAAGGUUUAAACUGCGUAACUAGUACACACUGGAUUCCACGGGGAGAGAAGCUAAGCCUCGAUCUCAAACUGGAUAACCUGGAAUAGUGUUUUAAUAUUGAUUUUUUAAUUUUAGGUUCACCACUUUGUUUUGGGGAAUAUAACCCCCAUAAACUGACUUUGAAAACCUCCAUGGGCAUUUUUAGUGAAUAAUUACAUUAUAUGCUUAAGUGUUAAACCUUAAGAUCAUUCCUGUAUCUUGUCCACAGGGUUUCUGCAUUCCUAUUUGACAGGCUUAAACAAACGCUAACAGUGGCCAGUGUAAAUUCCUCACGUGAGGUUUGCUUUUUUAUUGUUUGAACUUUGCACAUAUUCUUGCUGGCUCUCUUGAAUGCACACUAGUAUUACUUCACACACUGAACUGGUACACGUAUCCUGCAGAGGAUAUGCCAUGGUCUGUGAUGAACCAGAGCUUUCAACUAAUAAAGUUCAUUUUUUCAGGAUAUGUUUUGGGCUAUACUUUACCUAAAUAGUACCUAACAAUCCUAACUGAAGGUUGAUUUUCACACUGUACUGAAUUAUUGUCAUGAACCUGUGGUAGUGAAAUUGGAUGUAAAUACAGAAUUAAUUCCUAACAGUGUAUUUUUUUUCUUUUUAAAAAAUAUCUAAUACACUGUUGCAUAUAGUUUCAGAGUACCUCCUUGUCCUACAUUUCUAAUAAUGUGUAGCUAAGUAACUGGUAUUGUGAUGCCUCCAAUGGAUGUCUGAGUUUCCACAGAGAAAUGGGCUACUUGUGCACUUUUAAAUGCUAAUUACAUCUGCAUGCAAAUAAUUGUAAUGCAAACGGUACUGGAAAAAUACUGAGUGUGCUUGCUUACAUGGUUAAUGCACUACAAGCAGUGUCUCUGAUUUAUUUAAUAUGUACAGGAGCUACAUUAGAGAAAUGUAUGACAAAUUUAACAUCUAUAAAUAGCAGAAGCCUAUGCUUGAAUAGAUGGAUGUCCGGAUAUAAUGAAAAUGCUAAAUUUCAGGAUUCCUUUUUACAUUAAUAAUGUAGAUUGAUUUGUAAAAUAGGUUUCAGAUUUUGUUACAGGCGAUGUGGUCUGCGGAAGAUUUUUUUAAAAUGUAUUUUUCUAGACUAACCGCUGUAUCUGACAUUUGCUAUGUGGAAUCUGAAUAAAGAAAAUUGUUAGCUGUUUUGGAA